AGAGGGAGAGAGAGAGAAAGAGAGAGAGAGAGAAAGAAAGCGAGCGGUUCAACCAUCACAGUACUGUAAUACAAGCAAGGCUCUACUUCCACUGGAGUUAGCUGUUUGCAGGUUUACAUCAAAACAGAACAAAGAAGCGGCGAUUAAUGCAAUAAAAUCACGGCAUAAAAGGGAAAACGCUCCACUGCAAAUAAAUACGUGAAAGGAGAUUUUCUGAACAUCCGAACUGUCCUCUCAAUUUAUCCCUAAUCAAGAAGGAACUAAACCUAAGGAUUUCUUUAUUUUGCUCAAGUGAGAGAAAGAUUGUUAAAGGUCUGAGGUUUCCUCAACACUUGAAGUUUGGAGCGGACAAAACUUUUUUUUUUCUUUUUAUAUGUGUAGAGAAUUUAAAAGGUGUUCCAGAACAAAGACGCCAGAUCUAAACUGAAAGUUUACCUUUUGUUGUUUGCAGUAUUUUUUUCUUCAUUUACUUUUUCAACAGAAAAACGAGUCAUUUUCUUCACGUGGAUUUUGUGUUGCUGCAUUUUACUUCAAUCCGUAUUUCGAAUAAAUUAUUUAUUACAUUUAUUUUUGUGCUACUACCCGAUUUAUACAAGACGAAAACGCUUAAAAGGAAAAGAAGAAACACAAGAAGCGUAGAACCCAGUAAAGCUGUCGGGACUUUCAAAGUGAAGCGUUAAUUUAUGUGAAAGACAUCAUUGUUUACCUGAAAGAAAACUUCUUGAAGAAGAGGAGGAAUAAUUAAGAGACUGUUGAUACGGGGUUAAAGGGAUGGCCACGGCUGCUUCCAACCCUUACCUCCCCAGCAAUACUAUCCUUUCGUCAGGUUCAGUUGUGCACUCGGAUUCAGGAGGGGGUGGCAUGCAGACUGGUAGCGCUGCUGUAACCUCGGUUUCUGCAGGAUACAGGGGAGAUCCAACGGUUAAGAUGGUCCAGAGCGAUUUCAUGCAGGGAGCCAUGGCGGCAAGCAACGGGGGCCAUAUGUUGAGCCAUGCCCAUCAGUGGGUGACAGCCUUACCCCAUGCCGCCGCUGCUGCCGCGGCUGCCGCGGCGGCAGCAGCCGAAGCCGGAUCCCCUUGGUCGUCCAGCCCCGUAGGGAUGACUGGUAGCCCACAGCAUCAGCAACAGCAGGACGUCAAAAACAAUUCGGCAAGAGACGAUCUUCAUACUGGGACAGCCUUGCACCACAGGCCCCCACACCUGGGUCCACAUCAAGGGCAUCCAGGAGCUUGGGGAGCAACCACUGCAGCACAUAUCCCGUCAAUAGGCGGGGGUCAGCAACAACAGUCCCUGAUCUACUCGCAGCCUGGGGGAUUCACUGUUAACGGCAUGCUGAGCCCGCCACCAGGAGGCCAGAGCUUGGUGCACCCUGGUUUGGUACGAGGGGACACUCCAGAACUGGAUCAUGGUAGUCACCAUCAUCACCAUCACCAUCAUCAGCAUCAGCACCACCAGCAGCAGCAGCAUCACGGUGGAGUGAACAGCCACGACCCACACUCAGACGAGGACACGCCGACCUCGGAUGACUUGGAGCAGUUUGCCAAACAGUUCAAGCAAAGGCGUAUCAAGCUGGGUUUCACGCAAGCGGACGUGGGCUUGGCGCUGGGUACCCUCUAUGGCAAUGUGUUUUCCCAAACGACCAUCUGCAGGUUCGAGGCGCUUCAGCUCAGUUUCAAAAACAUGUGCAAACUCAAACCUUUGCUAAAUAAAUGGCUGGAGGAAGCUGAUUCAUCCACCGGGAGCCCGACCAGCAUCGAUAAAAUUGCAGCUCAAGGCAGGAAGAGAAAGAAGCGCACCUCUAUCGAAGUGAGCGUCAAGGGCGCACUGGAGAGUCAUUUCUUAAAAUGUCCAAAGCCUUCAGCCCAGGAGAUCAGUUCACUAGCGGACAGCCUUCAGUUGGAGAAAGAAGUUGUCAGGGUAUGGUUUUGCAAUCGGAGGCAGAAAGAGAAAAGGAUGACCCCUCCGGGAGUGCAGCAGACGCCGGACGAUGUGUACGCGCAGGUCGGCAAUGGACAUUUUUUAGUAGAUUACUUAAAAGAUGCAAGUUUAACUGGGCCGAAUCAUCCGAGUGACCAGAGGGUACCCGCUACAAGUACGAUCCACCAGGUAAUUUUGGCACACUAACAACAUCAAGACAAACCAAGUGUAAGAAGUGAAUUUUUUAUCCUUCCUUUUCAUUGCUUGUUUAUGUGAGAGAAGAGAGAAAAAGGCAUAAGGCACUACAUAAAGAGAACAGACUAUACAAGUUUAAGGAGCCAAGCUGACAAAAAUAAAUAAAUAAUUUGACAGAACAACUGAAAAUGUGGAAGAAUGCUGAUACGUGUAAAGCUUCAAGCUAGACGUGAGAAGAGGACUGCAUGAUUAUAUUUUAUGGAUUGGGCUUGUUAGACCAUGAACUCUUUUUUUCUUAUAGGACCUACCCCUCCCCCAGAUUCUUAGAUCUAAAAGAUCACCACUUUUGAAGAUUGUAUUUUAUUUUAUGGACAGAUCAUAAUAAUGGAUUUUUUUUAAUAAAAAGAGAGAAUGGCCAUCUGCAGAUGCACUUAUCCGAAUUUCUCCUCUCCCAGAAAUCCGUUGCCAAGUUUUGACUGAAUGGGUGCUGUGGAUGAAAUUCUGUAAUACUGCCAUUUCCAAGCAGUGUUUUUGGUAGGUUUUAAUAAACAGACUUUUCAAAGACGGCAAUAUAGAUUCAAUAGAUCGGAUCCUGAUCUAAAAUAUUUACUUUAUAUUUUCAUCAAAAUGACUUGUUUUAAUAUUUUAUUCAAAAUACCUAUGAACUCUUGCUAACGGUAAUUUAUUUUCCCCAAAUCUUGUAUUACGUGUUUAUUUUUUAUUUGGUUUUUAUUUUAUUUUUUCGAAACGAGCACAAAUCAAAAUGAGCUGCAAACAUGGACAGUUGUUAGGUACUAAAGGUAUCUUUUGAUGUGAUAAUUUGAUUGUAAUUUAAUUUGAGUAGUGAAUCCGUAAGAAAUGAUUGAGAAAAUAAAUUUGUUAGAAUGAAA